AUGAGAAUCGAGACGUGCUAUUUCUGCAGCAGGCCGGCGUAUCCCAGCAAAGGCAUCACAUUUAUCCGCAACGAUGCGAAGCAGUUCCGGUUCUGCCGGUCAAAGUGCCACAAGAACUUCAAGAUGAAGCGUAACCCGCGCAAGCUCAAGUGGACAAAGGCCUUCCGCAAGGCCGCAGGCAAGGAGAUGACGGUCGACAGCACGCUCCAGUUCGCUGCCCGGCGCAACGUCCCCGUCCGCUACAACAGAGACCUGAUGAACCGCACGCUCGCCGCGAUGGAGCGCAUCUCCGAGAUCCGCGCCAAGCGCGAGCGCGUCUUCUACAAGAAGCGCAUGGCCGGCAAGCGCGCGCGCCAGCUCGCCGAGGACCGCAAGCUCGUGUCCACGCACAGCCACCUGCUGCCCGUCAUGCGCGGCUCCGAGAAGCGCCGCCUCCAGCUCGAGCAGGGGCUCACGGAGGAGGAGAUUGCCGCGAUGCCCGUCGUCGAGGACAAGAAGGCCAAGGUGUUUGGAAAGGAGAAGAUGCGCCAGAAGGUGCGCGUCGACGGGGGCGUCGAGUUCGAGGGCGUCGGCGACGAUACCAUGGACAUGGACUCGGACGACGAGUAG